AUGAAGCCGGCGCGGCUGCUGCUGCUGCUGAGCGGGUGCGCGCUGCUGCUGGCGCCGGCCGUGCGCGCCUGCGGGCCGGGCAGGGUGGUGGGCAGCCGCCGCCGCCCGCCCCGCAAGCUCAUCCCGCUCGCCUACAAGCAGUUCAGCCCCAACGUCCCCGAGAAGACGCUGGGGGCUAGCGGCCGCUACGAGGGCAAGAUCGCGCGUAACUCGGAGCGCUUCAAGGAGCUGACGCCCAACUACAACCCCGACAUCAUCUUCAAGGACGAGGAGAACACUGGCGCCGACCGGCUCAUGACCCAGCGCUGCAAGGACCGCUUGAACUCCCUGGCCAUCUCUGUCAUGAAUCAGUGGCCAGGGGUGAAGCUAAGGGUGACAGAAGGCUGGGAUGAGGAUGGGCACCACUCAGAAGAGUCCCUACAUUAUGAGGGCCGAGCUGUGGACAUCACAACCUCAGACAGGGACCGCAACAAGUACGGCAUGCUGGCUCGCCUGGCCGUUGAGGCUGGCUUCGACUGGGUCUACUAUGAGUCCAAGGCACACAUCCACUGCUCUGUCAAGUCAGAGCACUCAGCCGCUGCGAAGACGGGGGGCUGCUUUCCUGGGCGGGCACUGGCAACGCUGGAGGACGGUGCCCAGACGCCACUGUGGGCACUGCGCCCAGGCCAGCGAGUGCUGGCAAUGGACGGGGCAGGCAGGCCCACCUACAGUGACUUCUUGGCUUUCCUGGACAAGGAGCCCCGUGCCCUCACCACCUUCCACGUCAUCGAGACACAGGAGCCACCCCGGCGCCUGGUCCUGACUCCCACCCACCUGCUCUUUGUGGCAGAGAAUGCUUCAGCGCCCACUGCCCACUUCCGUCCCAUCUUUGCCAGCCUUGUGCACCCGGGACAUUUUGUGCUGGUGGUGGCUGGGGGGGGCAGCUUGCAGCCUGCUGAAGUGGUGCGGGUGUGGGACCGGAGAGAUGUGGGAGCCUAUGCCCCACUGACACGCCAUGGGACACUGGUGGUGGACGGCGUGGUGGCCUCGUGCUUUGCUCUGGUGCAGGAGCAACAGCUGGCACAGCUGGCCUUCUGGCCACUUCGGCUCUACCACAGCCUGGUGGGGUGGCCAGGGGUUCAGGGAGAUGGUGUGCACUGGUACUCAGGGCUGCUUUACCGCCUGGGCAGGCUGCUCCUGCCCCCUGACAGCUUCCACCCACUGGGGAUAUCCCAAGCAGAGAGCUGA